UGGCAGCCUAAAUGGCGGCUGCAGGGGCUCGCGCUUGUCAGUGCGUACACGCGCGCUCACGGUGAUGUCGUUUUGAGAAGGAUGGCGAGCGCGAGACUGCUGUUGGCGCGGGGCUGCUGUACAGCCGUGAAAACUGUCACAGGUCAUGGACAGAGAAGUCUAUCCAUAUCAUCAGCUGUGCUGGCUCGCACUCAUGUCAGUUAUGAAGUCAAGGAUAAUGUUGCUGUGGUACGAAUCAAUGAUCCAAACUCAAAGGUGAAUACUCUGUCCAAGCAGAUGCAGGCAGAGAUGGCGGAGGUGAUGAAUGAGAUUUGGGGGAAUUCAGCAGUGAAGAGCGCCGUCCUCAUAUCCAGAAAACCAGGAUGCUUCAUCGCCGGAGCCGACAUCAAUAUGAUUCAGGCCUGCAGCACAGCAGAGGAAGUGACAUCACUGUCACAGGAAGGACAGAAGAUGUUUGACCAGAUUGAGAAAUCCCCCAUCCCUAUUGUGGCUGCUAUUAACGGCUCCUGUCUGGGCGGCGGAUUGGAGUUUGCCAUUGCAUGUCAGUACCGCCUGGCCACUAAGAGUAAGAAGACGAUUCUGGGCACCCCAGAGGUGAUGCUUGGACUGCUGCCCGGGGCUGGAGGGACUCAGAGGCUGCCCAAAAUGGUCGGCCUUCCCGCUGCAUUUGAUAUGAUGUUGACCGGCAGGAACAUAAAGUCAGAUAAAGCCAAAAAAAUGGGGCUCGUACAUCAGCUGGUGGAUCCUCUGGGUCCAGGACUGAAGAGUCCAGAAGAGAGGACCAUCGAGUAUCUGGAGGAAGUGGCUGUUGAUUUUGCUAAAGGUCUCGCUGGUAAAAAAGUCACUGUGGAAAAGAAGAAAGGACUCAUGCAGAAGGUGCAGGAUUUUGUAAUGGGUCUGCCGCCGGUCAGGAAACAGAUCUACAAAACUGUCCACAAUAAAGUCAUGAAACAGAGUAAAGGGCUUUAUCCUGCGCCGCUGAAGAUUAUAGAGUGUGUUCAGACGGGCAUUGAAAAAGGAAACGCUGCUGGAUAUCAGGCUGAAUCUCAGAACUUCGGCAAGCUGGCGAUGACAUCAGAGUCCAGAGCUCUGAUUGGCCUGUAUCAUGGUCAGGUGGCCUGCAAAAAGAACCACUUUGGGCGCCCAGAGAGAGACGUGAAAAAGCUUGCUGUCUUGGGGGCAGGGCUUAUGGGAGCAGGUAUCGCCCAGGUAACAGUAGACAAGGGUGUGGCGACCAUCUUAAAGGACACAACACAGGAAGGACUUGCCAGAGGUCAACAACAGGUGUACAAAGGGCUUAACGACAAAACAAAAAAGAAGAGUUUGACGACAUUUAAGAGAGAUGGGAUCAUGUCCUUGCUGUCAGGACAGCUGGACUACCAUGGUUUUGAGAAUGUGGAUAUGGUCAUUGAAGCCGUGUUUGAAGACCUGUCGAUCAAACAUAAAGUGGUGAAGGAGGUUGAGGCCGUGAUUCCUCCUCACUGUAUCUUUGCCACCAACACAUCCGCUCUGCCGAUCAAAGACAUCGCAGCAGCCAGCAGGAGACCUGAAAAGGUGAUCGGGAUGCACUAUUUCUCUCCGGUGGAUAAAAUGCAGCUGCUGGAAAUCAUCACCACAGAUAAAACCUCCAAAGACACAACAGCUUCUGCCGUGGCCGUGGGGCUUAAACAGGGGAAGGUCAUCAUAGUGGUGGGGGAUGGUCCAGGGUUUUACACCACUCGUUGUCUGGCGCCCAUGUUAGCCGAGGCCGUUCGUGCGCUGCAGGAAGGAGUUGGGCCCAAGAAAUUGGAUUCCCUGACAACAGGAUUUGGGUUUCCUGUUGGCGCGGCGACACUUGCUGACGAGGUCGGUAUUGACGUGGCGGCUCAUGUUGCAGAGGAUCUUGGCAAGGCUUUUGGAACACGAUUCGGAGGAGGAAAUGUUGAGGUCUUGAAGAUGAUGGUCCAAAAGGGGUUCAAAGGGCGCAAGUCUGGAAAGGGUUGUUACGUGUACGAAGCCAAGUCGAAAGAAAAGAAGGUGAACUCAGGAGCCGAAGAGAUUCUUAAGAGCUUCAAGCUAACAGCGCCCCCUGCUGUCUCCUCCGAUGAGGAUAUUCAGUACAGACUCGUGUCUCGAUUUGUGAACGAGGCCGUACUGUGUCUACAGGAAGGCAUUCUGCCCGACCCCGUGCAGGGAGAUAUCGGAGCCGUGUUUGGGCUUGGCUUCCCGCCUUGCUUGGGAGGCCCGUUCCGUUUUGUGGAUUCAUACGGAGCAGACAAACUUGUCCAGAAAAUGAAGCGCUUUGAAGAGGUUUAUGGUAACCAGUUCACCCCCUGCCAGCUGCUCAUCGACCACGCCAAGAACUCCAGCAAGAGAUUUCACAAGUGAAAAUUCACCACCGUUAUAAUUUUUUUGAUCUCAGUAUUUGGCAUCUUAUAAAAAAAAAAAAAAAAAAGUUACAUUCACUUACUUAAAAUGGUGCAUCAUUUACAAAUCCUUUAUUUGUGUUUUAUCAUUUGUGGUUUAAAAAGCAGCACUUUCCUAACUUGGCCUGUACAUAAUUUAUCAGUUUGUUUAUGUGAUCAAAAAAACGUUAAUGAUAUAAAAGUUGAGAUUUGUUCUCAACACCAAGAUAAACUUCUUUUUUUUUUAACAGAUAAAGAAUUUUCUGAAUAAUAUUCAUUCAGGUACACAUAACAUCACUACAAAGCACUGUAAAAACAUUUAUGAAUGUUGCAGCUAAAUUUUUUUUUUUUUUUAACCAAGGUGCCUCAGAUUAUCUCCAGGUAGAGCUGGAGAGGGACUAUUGCACAGUUAUUAUUUGUUGUAUUUUUUUGUAUAGCAUAGUAGUUUGUAUGUUUGCAUAUGAUUCUGCUACAAUAAACUUCUCAGUUUUGA